CGGAGAAGAAGAGAGAUGCUGGGUCGAUGCUCGAUGCCUCCAUCGUCGAGCGACGUUCAGUUGUUGCAGAGCUUGAGCGGGAUUCGGCAUCUCGCGGAAUCGCGUCGCUUCAAGGCGUGGUUCUUGGAUCAAUUUGGUGUCCUUCAUGAUGGCAAACAGCCCUAUCCUGGAGCAAUUUCAACUUUGGAAAAACUAGCAUGUAGUGGUGCGAAGAUGGUGAUCAUAAGUAAUUCCUCUAGGCGUGCAUCGACAACCAUGGAAAAGAUGAAGCACCUUGGAUUUGAUCCUUCUCUCUUUGUGGGAACCAUCACCAGCGGAGAACUCACGUAUCAGUACUUGAAGAGGAGAGAUGAUGCUUGGUUUGCUGCCCUUGGGACAUCAUGCAUUCAUAUGACCUGGAGUGACCAGGGCGCGAUAUCUCUAGAGGGCUUAGGCUUGAAAGUUGUGGAGAACGUUGCAGAAGCAGAGUUUAUUUUGGCUCACGGCACCGAAGCUUUGGGUCAGGCUUCAGGUUCAGUACGACCUAUGAAAUUAGAGGAUCUUGAGAAAAUAUUGGAGCAAUGUGCAGCUAAAAGAAUUCCUAUGGUGGUAGCCAAUCCUGAUUUUGUGACAGUUGAGGCUAGAUCCUUGCGCGUAAUGCCCGGUACGUUGGCAUCCAAAUAUGAGAAGCUUGGAGGUGAAGUCAAAUGGAUGGGGAAGCCUGGGAAGAUUAUCUAUGAAGCAGCUAUGAAGAUGGCCGACGCAGAUGCUUCUGAUUCUAUAGCAGUAGGAGAUUCUCUCCACCACGACAUUAAGGGUGCGAAUGCAGUUGGAAUCCAAUCAGCCUUCAUCACGUGUGGAAUACACGCCUCUGAACUUGGACUUGACAGUUUUGCAGAAGUUGCGGAUACAUCUCGUGUGGCGGCUUUAGCGUCCAAAUAUAGUUCUUGUCCAUCAUACGUGUUGCCUUCAUUUACCUGGUAGAGUACAUUCCGGUGAGUAUAUUCAUGGUAUAAUUAUUUUGAGUAGAUAAUUUUUAUAGAAAAUUAUUCACUUUCAGAGG